UACCAUAUUUGGUCAUAUGGGCGGGAGUCGGGCCGGGUGGAGGAGUGCUGUUCUGAGGCGCAUAGUAAAAGUGCACCAGAUAUUGUAACAAUUUACCAUUCCAUUUGAGACCUGCAGAGAACAACGUGUAGCCGCCCCCGUGGAACCAGAAGUUCUCCGCAUUCAGACGCACGUGAUCAACCAUUAAAGAGGCUUCAUCCAGAAGAGGACGACCCAGACCACCGCUGACCACUCCCACUCACUCACGGUUCAUCUUGUCAUUCCCAGUCAGACUCUAGUCUCCUCAACAGACACACACACACACACCCUCCCAGCAUGGCUGUCGUCCUCCACACCGGCCCUCUCUUCUGGACCCGUCUCUGCGCCAUGAUCUUCGCCUGCGUGGCCUUCUCGGUGGCCGUGCAUGGCGGCCAGCUGCAACACGGCACGGGCGACUGGUGCAUCUUCUGCUGGGCCUUCAGCUUCGCCGGCACCCUGCUGGUGCUCCUGGUGGAGCUGUUCGGACUGCAGGCGCGCGCGCCCAUCUCCUGGAAGAACUUCCCCAUCACGUUCGCCUGCUACGCCACGCUCCUCUGCCUCUCCGCCUCCAUCAUCUUCCCCCUGUACUACGUCAAGGGCGACCACAGCUACAGCGAGGUGCACAACCUGCGCAUCGUCUCCACCGUCUUCUCCUGCCUGGCCACCGUCUGCUACAUGUCGGAGGUGAGCAUCAGCAAGGCACGACCGGGCGAGGUGGCCGGCUACAUGGCCACCGCCCCGGGCCUGCUGAAGGUGUGCGAGACCUUCGUGGCGUGCGUCAUCUUCGUGUUCGUCAGCGAACCGGUGCUGUACGACCGCCACGACGCGCUCAAGUACUGCAUGUCCGUGUACUGCAUCUGCUUCAUCCUGUCGGCCGCCGUCAUCGUGCUGUGCGUGGGCGAGUGCACCGGCUGCCUGCCCUUCCCCUUCGCCCGCUUCCUGUCGGGGUACGCGCUGCUGGCCGUGGUGCUCUACCUGUCCGCCACCAUCAUCUGGCCCAUCUUCAACUUUGACCCCAAGAACGGCGGCCACAAGGACCGACCCAGCGAAUGCAGCAACGCGAUGGGCCUGUGCCACUGGGACAAGACGAUGGCCGUGGCCGUGCUCACCGGCGUCAACUUCCUCCUGUACCUGGCCGACCUGAUCACCUCGGCCCGCUUGGUGUUCGUCAGUGCCUGAGUGGAGAGGGCGGGGGCACGGGGGAGGGAGGAAGGGUGUGAUGGGAGAGGUGCGGGAGAGUAGAGUAAUCAAAGGGUCACUUGGCAGUGUUUAAAUGCCGACGAGGCCGCGGGUGAAUACUCGGUGCUAGUGAACACAAGCAGAUGAAAAAAAGGGCGACUGCAGAAGGUGGCUUUGUUUUGACAGUCACUGUUUGGGUGGUUGUCAUGGCAGUGGGUCACUGUAUGUUGCUUCGCAGUUUCGAUUCGAGACCAGAUGAGACUUACUCAGCUGUUUCAUUAAUUUAUGCCUCGGAAUAAAAACAGUACUAAUCAAUAGAUGUAUAUGAAUACAAUAUGAUACACAAUAUAGUUACAUAUUACAGAAUUUAAUAAAAGAAAAAGAAAAAAUUAUAAGAAUAUCAAAUUAUAUUGUUACAGUCCAAAGCUAAUGCAAUGCAAUAUCAGUAGAACGUCCAAGGAAUUAAUUUUGGUUUGUUGCCAUUCAUCCCCAAGUAAACCUAUAUACAAAAUACAUUUCCCAAAUGAACUCACAAUGUCUCAAAGACCAGUUUCAUUUUUUCUUGGAUUACAUUGUGCAGAAUAAUUUCAAAUAACGUUUACAGAUGAAGAUCUGUUAUCCCUGAAAAUAGUUGUAAUGAGUUUUUUUAAACUUGAAAAAAGGUUUACAUAAUGUUAAGAGAAAAAGUUGACUCGCAUUUUUGCUGUUAUUAUACUGUAUGCCUAUCUCUAGAUGUUAAAAUGAUAAGAAUAUAUACAACAUUGUGGAUUUAUAUAAGACUGUCAUGUUUCAGUUGCGCACUUAUACGCAAUUAUACGUGCACUUCUAUAUGUGUGUAUGAUAUCUUUCAUGAAAGCAUGAAAUGCUUAAGUAUUAGUGAGUAUUUCACUCGCUUUGACAGGCCAAAUACUUACUCAAUCGGGCCUUAUACGUAUUUUGGUAUCUGCUGUAAAAGAAUUCUUAGAAAAAAAGAUACAAAAAAACUUGACUCUUUCCUUCUGUCAUACUCCAUGUUCUAUAUUCCCUUAUUUGCGCACGAAUGUUACAGCAAAAUGUAAUCAGGUGUUUGAAUAAAAAACCCAUGGUUAUGAA